UUCGUAGUGCAUCGCGUUAACUAAGGGCGUAACAUGAACAGCUGUUAGUUCAGUUGCUUUCCCCCAAUAAAACCUGCUGCGUGUCACUCUUGGCUGAGCACAGCCUUUGGCCACUGGCACCACCAUACGUCACCAACCCCUAGCUAUAUCUCUUUCUAGCACACACUUAUUAAAAUAAGCAUCUCUUUUCCUUGCCAGUUUUACUUCAAAGGGGUUGUGUGGGUUGUUUAAUGGUCGUCCCGGCAACGGAGCCCCGUCCACAAGACCCGCGGCUGCCCGGCACGCUGACGUCCUACAUUGUACUUCCAUAAUUAGACAAUAUUUAAUUUAGAAAAUGUUCUAGUAAAGUGUCGGUUUAGUACAUCAACUUAUCACAACACGCUACGGAGACUGCUUACCAACAGGCGGGCCGUGUGCUUGUUUGCCACCGACGUAGCAUAAAAAAAUACUGUUGCUCCGCGUUCUUCAGUACCAGACAAUAAUAUGAAUAUGAUAGACACACAAAGAAGCAACCGGACAAUAUGACAUUGACGGACAGUUUUUCCGGGGAGAUAUCUAGCGCAACCGAUGAUUCUUCAUCCAACUGGGAUCAACUAUACUGCUCCCAUCUGUGGUCAAACAGCAACCUACGGAAAACAAUACUCAACAAUGUCCAAAAUGUGGACGAUAGAGUCAUUACGUAUUGUUAUACCUGCAGGGGAAAGAUGAGAAAAUAUGAGAUAAAAUCUCCACGAACUGAUUUCCGACCAAAUGAGCAUUCCACUCCACACAUAAGAAUUUCCAAAGAGGUUAGCUUACCGUUAGAUGACCCAAGAGAAGAUUCCAUAUGUGAAGAUAUUAGUAGGACAGAAGUUUACUCGUGCAGAAAAAGUGCCACAAAAGACUCCGCCAUCACAGAUGUAGAAAUUAACCGUUGCAUUCCAUCAAUAUCUCAUCAAAUAGACUCAAAUAUUCGCCAAAAAUUUACUUCCUAUGAAACACAGCCUACUGAAAGUAAUCCUCGAAGACUUAGGAAAAGCCUAAAAGGCAUCGGAUGUAUCGUGAAUUUUGCUCUAACUGAACCCGUCAAGAAGCGGACUCAGAUCCAAGCGUGCUCAAUAAGUGUGAUGAUUGUUGCUAUUGUAGUUAUAAGUUUUGUUUUGGUGAAUUUUACUACUCCUAGUUCUACACGUGUAAAAGUAAUUAGUACAACUGUAGUGCCAACCCAACCCGUAAUUGUUAAUAAAACUUCGUCAGCAGUUACAAAUAUCGCAUUACCGUCGGCGCAACUGCCCGAAGUUGUCACCACUGAAAUAUCAUUGACAACAGAAGACGAGUUCAGCAGUACAACUGAAAAUAAUUCCUUAAUUAAUAAUGUUUUAUCUAAAAUCCGUAAGAAUAUAAGGACUUAUCCGAAAAACUCUAACAAAAGCAAAGAAAGCCAAAAACCAAAAGAUAUCAUAAAUCGAGACAUUGUAUCGCAAAGUUUCUGCUCGUGCCAAACAGAUGAAAUAUGCAUGCUAAACGAAAGCAGCGGAACGCCAGAUUGCAAGAAAGCUAUCGACGCCGAUGAUCCUACGGGUUGUGGAGGUCUGUGUGCCUUGGAGACCGAGGCAUGUCAGCUAGUAGACAGAGUGCGAGGCGUGCGCGUGUGCCGGCAGCUGAAUCUGGUGACGUGCUCGCCGCAAGAGUGGCGCUGCCGCAACGGGCUGUGCGUGCCGGCCACGGCGCGCUGCGACGGCGCCGUGCAGUGCUACGACAAGUCUGACGAGACGCACUGCGAGUGUGAUCUAACGAAGCAGUUUCGUUGCGGUCACUUCAUAUCAUGCUUCCCCAACAACAAGCUGUGCGACGGGAUCAUCGACUGCUGGGACGGUUUCGACGAAGUUAACUGCACGACAGAAUGUCCCGAAGACCAGUUCACCUGCACAGACGGUCAAUGCAUCCUCGAGUCGCGCUUCUGCGACGGCUACGCCGACUGCCCGGACGGCAGUGACGAACCACGCGGCUGCGACGGCGGUUGCAGUAAACACGAGCUGCAAUGCAGGAACCGCCGCUGCGUAUCUAACACCAUGAGGUGCGACGGACAUGACAACUGCGGCGACGCUACUGAUGAAGUUAACUGCUCUUGAUGAUGCAUAUGCUUCUCUUAUACAAUAUUCCGAUUGUACCUACCUACUUGACUACGACGAUGGUUGUAAGGUUGUAGCAAACACGAGCUGCAGUGCAGGAACCGCCGCUGCGUAUCUAACACCAUGAGGUGCGACGGACAUGACAACUGCGGCGACGCUACUGAUGAAGUUAACUGCUCUUGAUGAUGCAUCCUUCCGAUUGUACCUACCUACUUGACUACGAGGACGGUUGUAGUAAACACGAGCUGCAGUGCAGGAACCGCCGCUGCUGUCUAACACCGUGAGGUGCGACGGACAUGACAACUGCGGCGACGCUACUGAUGAAGUUAACUGCUCUUGAUGAUGCAUCCUUCUCUUAUACAAUAGGGACAAUGCACUAGUUUUCGUCCGGCUCUAGUUUUCGCCCACUUGAUGACGAAACUUGAAUAUAAGCCUUCAUAUCUGCACAAAUUUGGACUUAUUGCAAUCCUUAAUAUCUAAACAAAACAAUGUAUAAUACAAAAAAUAUAUAUUUCAAAAGUAGCAAAUUAUAAAAUUAUAAAUGAAAUGUAUUAUUUGCUAAUCCGUCAAGUGGACCGAAACUGACGCAAUUACCCUGUUUCAACUUUCAAUUGUACUUGACUACGACGACUGUUGUAGGGUUGUAUUACUACAACCCUGUGUCUCGUGUCUCGUGUUUACACACGAGAUAGGUACAGUGCAGGAACUGACGCUGCGUGUUACACCGUGGGAUGCGACGGCCUUAUUAACUGCGACGACGCUACUGAUGAAGUCAACUGCUGUUGGUGAUGCAUUCUACCCUUAUAAAAUAUUCCGAUUUUGUUUGCUACGAAGGCGGCUGCAGUUAAGGCUAGUUUUAGUGUCGCGCUGACAGGCCAAAUAGGUAUCAUGUUUAGGGCGCGUUUAGAAAAACUUCGAUCAUCUGUUUGACACUAAAACCAGCCUAACUCUGGCGAUGCCACUGAUGAAAUUCACAGCUCUUAAUUAUCUGUCCUUCCCUUUAUAAAAUAUUCAAGUUUUGAGUGUAAGUGUUGAUAGAGUGACUGUUUUAAGUUGUUUUAACUGGGAGUGAUUUCAACUUAGUAUACCUAAGUAUAGCUGAAAUGGCUAAAAUAAUUAUAAUUAUAUAAAUUUUGCGUUAUUAAUGAAUUACAUUACUUUGUAUAUAAUUAGAUAGUGAAAUAAAUAGUGACUGAAAUGAA